GCAGUAAGUAAUUUCUAUUUACUUUUGAAUUGCGUCCCGCGACAGCGUUUGUUCAAAUUAUUUCUUUUCCUGUUCCAAUGGGAUUUUAGACAACUAAGACACCUGGACUAACAAAUCACUUAAUAGAUCAUUUUCAACGACAUGCAUUUGGUCCAAGCGCCUCCGUCUACCCUUUCAACGCCUCGAGAUACGGUCAUCGAAUCCGUUCCUGUUAUGGCUCCAACUGCUGAGGGAAAUCUCAAAAUUAUGAACAUUCUGUGAGAAAAAUUCUUGUUGCUUAAUGCUCAUAUUUGUUAAACUUUUGAUAAUGAUCGAAGCACUUCUAUUUUUAUUGCCGCAUUGUCUCGUAUUCUGAAAAUAUUAUAAUUUGCUUUUAUUUGAAACAGGGAGGCAAAUUCUGAGGUGAUGUGUUGUCGAUUCAAUCUCGAAGGCGGUUUACUGGCGGUUGGUUUAGCUAAUGGAGUAACCAAGGUAAGACUAGUAUUUACUCUUUUUUAAUUUUCGAAUUUGUCACCAAUUUUUACUUUUCCCGAAGCUAAUAUCUGCUCAUCUGUAGGUUAAAUUGUUAACACUUCCACCUUUGCGAAAGGUACGUACCGAAAAUGUUCAGUGUUUUAUUUUUCGUACAUUUUUCUACGUCCUAGGUGUAUGCUCCUGACACAGGACAUUGCGUCUAUAGUCUCUCGGACCAAGACACUUUAAAUAAUCAUUUACCAGUGACCUGUCUUCGUUGGAGACCAACACUGGAGGGUGAUACUUAUGGAAAUAUGUUACUCGCAACUUGUAAGUUGGUUAGGUGCAAACUUUAUGUUUUAAGAAAGAGGGAACUUCUGCCGCAUUUAACAGCUGUUGUAGUUUUAAUUAUACGAUAUUCAUAUGUUUAAGUUGACGUCUUAGAAAAUUAGCGAAAGUUAAAACAAUCAGGCUUUUAAGCUUGUGUUAAUCCUACAAGUAAUAUGGUGCUACCAUAUUUAUUGAUAACCAGAGUGAUAAUUACACCGUAUUUGUUUAGUCUGUCGAUCUUUAAUACUAAAUUUUACCCGUAUUCUUAUGCAGAUUUAUGUAUUAUUUAAAAGUAUUAUCUUAAAUGAAGAUAAGUUGUACUUUGACACCACUAAGGCUCUGAUUACAAGAUUGUAAGAUCUUGAAAAGUUCCCAAAAGGAGGGCGCUUUGGGAGAAAAAGCCUCAUUUACCUCCUGUUGUAAAAAUUAGGGCAAUUACAGUAAUUGUUAAAAUAAAAAAGACGGCCAUAACACAAAGGCUUUCUACAUGUCUAAGGUAAAUAUAUAAACACCCUCUAGUUGUGAAUUGUGGACAUACCUGGGGCAGAUGUUGAUUUUUGCAGAAUUGUAUAAACAGUGUCAAAGGUGGCACCUCACCUCACUUACAUUCUAGCAGUCUGUGUUAUGAAGGCUAUUAGAUGAAAAGUACCUGCAGAUUUAGGGUAGAUUAUGGGGAACAAUCUGGCUGAGUGAAAAUGAUUACAUGUUUAAGCCUUCCGCCCUUUUGCCCAAGUUAAUGUUUGUAGCUUUGCAAUUCCAGGUUCAUUAUUUGUGUGGCAAUUUCCUGAUUCAUUCACACCCACAAAGUUAUUUUUCUUUCUUUUCACUUUUAACUCUUGGCAAGACCUUGGCAAACAACCUCAAAUUAGUUGGCUUGGUUCUUAGGGUUAGCAACUGCAAUGUUGGUCAUCUCAUGAUGAAUAGAAAAAACCCACAGAGGGAUUAGUUACAAUUUGACAUGAAAAAACCUCCAACAAAGGCUUUGUAAUGCAUCCAUGGAACUUUCCCAUCUUUUGAUCAGACUGAGAUUAGACUUUAGAGGAAUACAUAAAUGCAGUAUUUUACUAAUAAUAAUGAUUUUCUGAUAGUAAAUAGUUCCUCUCUAUUGUAAGUAUUUUUUUAUUCAUUUUUUUUUUGCUGUUAUAACUGCAGAUGCAGAUGGUAAAGUCAAAAUCUGGCAUACAUCAACAAGCACCUGUAUGGCGACAAUAACAGAAGUUUCUAGGCAGAUUUUAGCAUGCGCUUACAGUCCUUCAGGAGAUAGAUUUGUCACGGCCGGAUCAGAUACAAAACUAAAUGUUUAUGAUGAAAGAACUAGACAAAUCAUUUGUACUAUGCAGCCAAGGUAUAUCAAUUAUUUGGGACAUCAUAUUCUCUUUAAUGUACCUGUCUUUCAUUAUUCUCACUAAUUUUAUGACAGUUAUUAAUGUUAUCGUUACUUUUUAUUAUUACUAAUUGUUAUCUAACAAGUGAGUCAACAUUUUCACACCAUGCAAAAAGGUUACUUCACCUGGUCUAAUACUGAAGAAUUGUUAAGAAGGUGCUAAGUUGAUGAUUCAGGAUUAGCUAAGGCUGCUAUGUUAUGUUCAUGAUAAUAAGACACUUGGAUUUUUUUUUUUUUUGACAGCUCAUCCCACCUAGUAAUGGAUGGCCACAUGAGCCGAGUGUUCAGUGUACAGUAUACACCUGGUCAAGAUCAUGAAUUUCUCUCAGGAGGCUGGGAUGAUACAGUUCAGGUAAUAAACAGAAGUUAACCCCACCCCCAUCCCUCUCCAAAAACAUAUUAGACAAUCAUGCAGGUCCUCCUUAAGAGAGAUAUAGUUUUAAAUUUUUUAAGCUUUCAAGGUCAUUUGAUUGGGGUGUUGUGAAUGACAAAAACUAUUUUCCCAGGUUCAUUGAACUUUGAUAUAACCUGUGUAUUCAAUUAUUCUGGCUUAGGUUCCUCUGAUAUCAGUGGGACAUGAUUUAUAGGCCUGCCACAAGUGAAUUUUUGUAAAACCAAACUAUUGCUGUGGUAGGUUAGAACCUGGCUAAAUCCAAGCCUAAAAGUAUCAUACAGUUUAGAUGCAUUUGUGCUGUUUCUUCUUUUUUCAGACUGUGAUAACUUAAUCCUGCUAAUUAAUGUCCACUUACUAGUUCAAAUUGCCCUCCAAUUAAUGAAACAUUUUACUCUCAAAUAUCAAUGAUGGCAUUCAAAGGUAUAUUUUUUACUUAUUAUUUUUCUCUGCUUUCGUGGUUUUUAGUUUUGGGAUACAAGAGUUGAUAGCAAACAUUCUGUAAGGUAUAACUUAAAAUUCAUAACAAUAUAAAUGCAACCCUGUGUUUUUAAGUUAAUUCUAUUUGUGAUAUCAUGAAGAAUUAUCAAAUAUUAAUAAUAUAUGAUCAUGGUAUUCAGGAAAAUAUUUGGACCUCAUAUUUGUGGUGAUGCACUAGACAUUCAGUCACUGAGCAUGUCAAGCACCAAUCGGCAAAUUCUCACUGGGUCAUGGAGAAAAGACAAAACUCUUCAAAUAUGGGAUCAUGGCUCUGGGAAACUGAUAAAAGAUGUACCAUCUGAUUACAAUGGAAGUAUGGUAUGUUCAAGAGAUUUUCAGCACACUGUAAAAGUUAUAACCUUAAUCAUAUACCAUCCAAAAUUCAUCAAGAUUCCUUGGUCUACUGAUGAUAUUUGUAAAAGGUGGUUAAAACCCAAACUUUCAUCAACUCUUCUGAGCAACAUUUGACCUCUUUCCACCUAAGAACCAUUUGUGAAUUAGCAUUACUUAAAAAAAAGAUUUAUGAACAGUUUGCCUGCAAGUGAACUCACAGACUCAGUUGGGGUCUCUGGUGAAUAAUUUUUUGUUGUUGGUUAUUAUAUAGCUCUAUUGUGUCCAGUGGCAAGGUCCUGACAGUAUCAUAGCAGGAGGGAGUGAUAACAAUAUGAUGAGAUGCGUGGAUCAAGGAACUUAUCAUGUAGGACAUAGAUGUGCUGUUAUACUGUACAUUCAGCUUCAGAUAUGUACUGUACCAGUUAUUUUAGGUUAUUUUAUAGCCUCCUAGUAACUUGAUGAUAUUAACAAUCAACUGACUUUCCUUAACUAUCUUAGCUUUGUGGUCAGAUAUUAAGAGUUUUGCAUGUGGAUAAAAAUAAAUCUUUGUAUACUUGUACAAUCUCUAUUUAUGUAAUAGUGCAAGGAAACUACAUAUUACAAUUAUGAGUGAGGCAUGAAAAAGUUUGGUGACAGAGUUUCAGUCAUAAAAUAAGGUGUUGUCAUGGGCAACCAUCCUAAAAAAGCUGUGCAUCACCAAACAUCAAACGUGAAAACACAUUGCCACUGAAAAUGGGACAACAACACAAUUUUAGCACCUAAACAUGGUUGCCGAACUUCCGUCACACCUCACUCAAUUAAAAAAUCUUCGUAAUACUAUGAAUCCAGUAUUGUCAGUUGUAGUCAUAAGUACUGAGACUUUUCUAUUGUUUGCUUAUCCACAGACUACUGGCCGGCUUGUAGAUCUUCCACGUGCAGUUUACACGGUAGAUUUUGAGAGACAUUCCCAUCAUCCAAUCAUUGCUGCUGGAACUUCCAACUUUGUAUAUCUUGCAAAGAGGACAUAAGUUGGUUCAUCAUUCCUAAUUAAUUCUUAAGCUUUACUGGGAAUUUUGUUCCAUAUGAUCUAGACUUGAAUGUGCUUGCAGUUUCUCCAGUGUAUUCCCUUACAUUGGCAAGCACAUGGGUACCAGCAUAUGCUACUAAAUCCUGUGUUCCCAGUUUAUUGGAAACUUGCUUUAGAUUUCUGCAGUCAGCUAUUCCUUUUAGGUCUGAAAUCUGGCAACGGUUUGCAAUUGGGAAUGUUUUGUCAGCACACACAACUCUAAACUGCUUAGUGGUCUUUUUACUAUGUAGUUCAAAUCUGAAAUGGUUCUUAAUGACAAUCUCCAUUAGCUAAGGGUCUCAAUGGGGUGAUGGCUUUUAAGGCUAAUGGUUAAAAUUUUGGCCAAUAUAUGGCUAAUAAUAAUGAUACCUGUCACUAGAAAUUUUUUUUUUGCAGUUGACUUUUUUUACAACUAAUAAUUAAAAUAUGUCUAUUUUUAUGCCAAACAGCUAAUUGUUUUGGCCAUUUCACAGCUAAUGGUUGACUCCCUCUUUGCACAUUUGUGAUAAGCCCCAAUUGUGAGCUUCUACAAUGAAGUUGUUGACUGUAAAUAGUCCAAAGGUUUGUUUUUAAUCAUAAAUAUUAGUAUUGUUUAUGGCAGAUGAUAUAUUUUUGAUUGACCUUAAGUAUUUCAUGGUGAAAAUACUUAGCUAGUUAUCAAAAAUUUUACCCAACUUGAUUAAAAAUUGUUUAAUUAGUAAAGGAAGUAUUUUUCUUUCCAUUGAAGGAUGUUAUUCAGAAGAGCUAAUUUUAACAUUGUCUACAUGUACUGUUUGUAAUACUUGUUCAAGAAGAGAGUUUUUAUCACAGAAUGUAAAUCUUGUGAAACUGAAGCCCCUAUUCCAACCCACUUGCAACUGAAGUGGGUCAGCUUGGUUAAACAUUUCCCUGAAUGAACAAAAAAUAAAUACAAAGUCAUGUACAUGCAUAGAGAUGUGUACAUAAUUUAUCAGAUAUUUUGUUUUGAAUUAGUACAUUUAAUAAUAAUGAUAGAAUAAAACCAACAAGCAUGAUUCGAAUUUCUCCUCUCUUACCAAAGAUUAAACCAAAGAGGUCAGAAAUUCAAAAAUUUAAAUCACUGAUUUUUCACUUGCCAGUGAAUGCAAACUCUUACUAGAGCCUCUAUUUAGUGGGGAAAAUGCUCAGGCAUUGGUCUGUCAUUGAAACAGAACUGUUUAUUUUUGUUAAGUGGGAUGAUUACCACUUGGCAUAGUACAUAGCA